AUGGGACCGUCGAGAGACAAGGACAGCGAGAGUGGGCAUCGGGCAUAUUCCACUGCAGAAAUCGGCACAUGGUGGCAAGAAGCUCAGGUGAGUGCUAUUGAUAGCUAUUUGCAGUUGCGAGAGAUGGUGAGCAAUAAGAGGGGAGGUGCAGAGAUGGUGAGUGAUGUGAGGGGAGGUGAUGAGAUUGUGAGUGCUGUGAGGGGAGGUGCAGCGAUGGGGAGUGCUGUGAGGGGAGGUAUUGAGAUUCACUAUUGCUGUGAGGGGAGGUGCAGAGAUGGUGAGUGUUGCGACGGUGUGGUGCUGGGAUGGGAGGUGAGUGCUGGGAUGGGAGGUGAGUGUUGCGACGGUGUGGUGCUGGGAUGGGAGGUGAGUGCUGGGAUGGUGAGUGGUGGGAUGGUGAGUGCUGGGAUGGUGAGUGGUGGGAUGGUGAGUGCUGGGAUGGUGAGUGCUGGGAUGGUUAGUGCUGGGAUGGUGAGUGCUAGGAUGGUGAGUGCUGGGAUGGUGAGUGCUGGGAUGGUGAGUGCUGGGAUGGUGAGUGCUGGGAUGGUGAGUGCUAGGAUGGCGAGUGCUGGGAUGGUGAGUGCUGGGAUGGUGAGUGCUGGGAUGGUGAGUGCUGGGAUGGUGAGUGCUGGGAUGGUGAGUGCUGGGAUGGUGAGUGCUGGGAUGGUGAGUGCUGGGAUGGUGAGUGCUGGGAUGGUGAGUGCUGGGAUGGUGAGUGCUGGCAUGGUGAGUGCUGGGAUGGUGAGUGCUGGGAUGGUGAGUGCUGGGAUGGUGAGUGCUGGGAUGGUGAGUGCUGGGAUGGUGAGUGGUGGGAUGGUGAGUGCUGGGAUGGUGAGUGCUGGGAUGGUGAGUGGUGGGAUGGUGAGUGGUGGGAUGGUGAGUGCUGGGAUGGUGAGUGGUGGGAUGGUGAGUAGUGGUGAGUGCAGGGAUGGUGAGUGCUGGGAUGGGAUUGAUGUGAGGGGAGGUGCUGGGAUGGUGAGUGCUGUGAGGGGAGGUGCAGAGAUGGUGAGUGAUGUGAGGGGAGGUGCAGAGAUGGUGACUGGUGUGAGGGGAGGUGCAGAGAUGGUGAGUGAUGUGAGGGGAGGUGCAGAGAUGGUGACUGGUUUGAGGGGAGGUGCGGAGAUGGUGAGUGAUGUGAGGGGAUGUGCUGAGAUUGUGAGUGCUGUGAGGGGAGGUGCAGAGAUGGUGAGUGCUGUGAGGGGAGGUGCAGAGAUGGUGAGUGAUGUGAGGGGAUGUGCUGAGUUGGUGAGUGAUGCGAGGGGAUGUGCUGAGAUUGUGAGUGCUGUGAGGGGAGGUGCAGAGAUUGUGAGUGCUGUGAGGGGAGGUGCAGAGAUUGUGAGUGCUGUGAGGGGAGGUGCAGAGAUUGUGAGUGCUGUGAGGGGAGGUGCAGAGAUGGUGAGUGAUGUGAGGGGAGGUGCAGAGAUUGUAAGUGCUGUGAGGGGAGGUGCAGAGAUGGUGAGAGCUGUGAGGGGAGGUGCAGAGAUGGUGAGUGCUGUGAGGGGAGGUGCAGAGAUGGUGAGUUCUGUGAGGGGAGGUGCAGAGAUGGUGAGUGCUGUGAGGGGAGGUGCAGAGAUGGUGAGUGAUGUGAGAAGGAGUUCCUGGCGGGGAGGGCUUAGAGGGGAGGUGCUGGGGGCGGGGCAGCUCGAGUUGGGUGGCAAGGAAUGUUUGCCGGGAAUUCAUAAGGGGGUAGCAGGGGAAGAGUUAGCGCAUGGCACGGGAGGGAGCAACAAAAGGGGGAGUGCAACGCAGGGAGCGAAGCAAGGCAAAGGGGAGGAUAGGUUGCUCGUUACUGCUGGUUGA